AUGGAAAACGUGAAUCGCUCGCUUCAGGAAGUAUCGCAUGGACUACAAAAGCUCCUCCGGAACAGCGAACAGUCUAAAGGAUUGCCAAGCGGAUCCCCUGCCUUGCUCAUUGGUAACCAUGUGUCAAACAAUCCCGGACCUUCGGAGGGAUACAGGGGCGAUUCUUCCUUCAAUGCGCACGUCCAACGGGUGACAGAAGCCUUAAGGGAUGCUGCCGCGAAUUUAGAUUUCAGUCUGACCGACCAAAGUGCCUCUACGACUAUGAGUGCCACGCAGUUAAUCCAGGAGGCGGCAGGCGGCGAGAAAACAACCCAUAGCGAGGGAAGCAUCAAUUCGUCAUCGUUCAAGGUUCAGUACCCAGAACUAGAAGGCAGAUCGCUUCCACCACUCGCUCCUGUACUCAAGCUACUCCGGUUGAUGCAGACCGAGAAGCAGCGCUUUUUUAUUGAUGUCCCUGUUAUAGAUGAGGCAGAAUUUGUCGAACUAUGCCAAAGGGUGUAUUUCGCAAUCGACGACUACUCGCUGUCGACAUGGGCCACCGUGAAUACUGGGUUAUAUUACUUAUUCCUGGCCCUCGGGGAACAUGAACGUUCCCAGGUUGGCAUGACGGUUAACGACGUACAAACAUACUCACAGCUAUUGUCAGCAAACCUAGAAGCUGCCAUACAGUCAUUAAGACUCUGUCAUGAACCAUCGAUGGAAGGAUGUCAGGCCUUAGCACUUUUGACGGCAUUUUGCAUGAAAUCGGGCCGGAGUGCAUUGGCCUGGUCGUUGAUUGCGGCUGCUUCCAGAAUGUGCAUCGACCUUGGGUGGCACCGCCUGCCUAGACAGCCAAAGGGGCCAGAAUUGUCCAAGAAACGGAGGAUAUUCUGGUGGGUAUAUGUCAUCGACAAAGGCAUGGCCUUCACCUUUGGCAGAACUCCUUCGAUCCAUCAGUACGAUAUCGCGACCGAGCGGACGUCGUUUCCUUUAGAUAUACCAGGACCGCCAGGAUACCUAUACGGUGGUUUUGUUGAAUUCGCAGUCAUUGUCGGCGACAUGCACAUACAGCUCUUCUCCGCAUAUGCGCAACGAACCUCACCCCAAAAGCGAGCUGAAAAUGCCAGAGCCUUUGCUACCAGGCUCAUCCAAGUCAACAAUGACCUGAAAAAGACCCUCCGAGAUGAGCCCCCUGCCGACGCCAGGUUCCAAGAUGCCAGCGUUCUUUUCGAUAUAAUUAUGCACUGCCUCGUCACAAUCGUAUACCGCAUCAUCCCUUGCGAUGAGUCUAAUUCUCACCCCCUCCAAUGCCACGUCGGCUGCAUCGAAGCUGCGCGGCAAGCCCUCUCCACGAUUGUGCAGGCGAGUCAGACGCUAGGUCAGCGUAAUCCGGUGGGCUGGAGUAUGUUCCUGAAUCUGCUCUUUUCUCUCGUUCCUUUUGCAUGCUUUGUCGUACUAGCAGGGAACACAGUAGCCUUCUCGUCCACCGAGGACCUGGCGCUUCUAUUCUCUGCCGUGUGUGCCAUUGAGCCAAUAGCAAGCGGUUCCCCUUCCGGGAAAAAGCUCUAUGACGUCUGCAAGUUAUUUUAUCAGUUUGCUAGCUUCUCAGUCGCCCGACAGACAGCGAUUUCGGCCGCUCCGGCACCAGCUCCUGUGAUUGUCGAAGAUCCGUCGGUGGGGGCCUUCGCGGUACCGCUUGAGAACACGGAAGCUUCAUUUUAUGAGCACAUAAUGGCUCCGCAGGACUGGGAUACAGUUAUGAACGGGUUCGAUCUGGGAACGGGCGCUGGGGCCAUGGCUUCUUUUGUUGAGCCAUAUAUACCGUUUGAUGGGCAACUACCCUAG